AUGUGGACAAUUAAUGAUUUUCCCGCUUAUUCCAUGUUGGCUAGCUGGAGCACAUCUGAGAGACUGGCUUGCCCUCACUGCAUGGAAAAUACGCAUGCUUUCACGCUUAAAGGGAGUAGAAAACAGUCGUGGUUUGACUGCCACAGAAAGUUCUUGCCUCCUGGUCACCCGUACCGUCGUAACACAACUCAAUUCCGUAAAGGGAAAACCAUAAACAAAGAAUUCAAACAGCCGAAAACCGGAGAAGAAUUAUUGGCAGAGGUGGACAGUCUGGGGUUUAUGAAGGCAUAUGAAAUUGGGGCUGAGAAAAACAAUGCUGCGAAGUCGGAAAAUUAUGGUUGGAAUAAAAAAAACCAUGCAAAAUCUAGAGAAGAGUUGAAUGACAUAUGUGAUAGGCCGGAGUUAGCAAAAAAUCCGGUUACUGGGAGAUUUCCUAAGGCGAUGUAUGCUUUGGACAAGGACGGAAAAAAAGCUUUACUUGAGUGGAUUAAGUUAAUAAGAUUUCCAGAUGGCUACGCGUCCAACUUGUCCAGAUGUGUCGAUACAAUCGGUCUGAAAAUGCAUGGAAUGAAAAGUCACGACUGCCACAUUUUUAUGCAAAGACUUCUGCCAAUCGCUCUCCGUGAGCUAUUACCGAAGGAAGUCUGGGAGCCUUUAACAGAGUUGAGUAUCUUCUUUCGUGAGUUAACCUCCACGUCUCUAACAGAGAAAGAUCUAGAUCGUAUGAGGUUGGAAAUCCCAAAGAUACUGUGCAAGCUGGAACGUAUUUUUCCGCCCAGCUUUUUUGACUCCAUGGAACAUCUACCCGUGCAUCUACCUAUAUAUAUUGACAUGUCAUGUUCACUAACUGAGGCAUGUGGAAUCAGAUAUUUGAGAAAGCUGGAAAAAAAAGUUAACAAUAAAGGGAGGGUAGAAAGAAGCAUCAGUAGCGGAUACUUGAAUGAAGAAACCGCAAAAUUUGCAGCUUAUUACUUUUCAGAAGGUGACCCAAUGAUACCUGAGCGGCCGCAAAGGAAUGAAGUUUAUGACAUUGAAGUCGACGACGAUGUCGACAGACUAUCUAUUUUCAAGCCGCACGGGCAAUCAGUGGGUGCUUGCCGCAAGAGAUAUCUUGAAGAUUCUGAGAUUGUUGCUGACCGGACAUAUGUUCUGUUGAAUUAUUCAGAAAUUGAAAAUUACAGAGAGGUUUUCGAAGGCGAGUUGCGUAGAGAAAACCCUGAAAUCAGCAUCUCGCAAAUUGAAGCGAAGUUCGAGAGUCAAUUUGCCUACUGGUUUCAACAACACGUGCAAGAUCCAACUGUUUGUACUAAUCCCUUUAUUCUUAGUCUCGCUAAAGGACCUCUUAGAUCAGUAAAAACAUUUAAGGGAUACCGUGUAAACAGAUUUAAGUUUCAGACGCAAGCUUAUGGGGAGGAACAGCUUACUAUGAAUAGUGGAGUCUGCGUGAAGGGAACUCAAUAUGUCGACAGCGAAAAUGACUUUUAUGGAAUGACUGUCUUAUUUAAAUGCGAGUGGUUCGACCCAGCACGAAAUUCUGGCACAAUUAGUAACAAAAAAUACAACAUGGUGGAUAUUAAUAACAGAAAGAGAUACAAUAAGUAUGAACCAUUCAUCUUAACCGAACAGGCCGACCAGGUUCAUUACCUGCCAUAUCCGAGUAAAAGAAGGGAUAAAUUAAAUUGGUGGGCAGUUUGCAGGACAAAGGCAAGAUCUGAACUUGACAUGCCCGAGGGGAUUAUCCCGGCUUUUCAAGACGUGAUAGAAGAAAAUCCUCUCAUUGUUGCAACGGACGACAAUUCGACAUAUUUAGCUGAUGACAAUGGAGAAGCUGAAGAAGAUGCGUUGUUCGUGCCUCCUGAUGAAACAGAAUCUGACUUUAUCGCAUCCUCAUCAGACGGAGAUGAAAUUGAAGAACUUUAG